AUUGCUCCUAAUGUUACCGUAUCAUGUGUUUGCUGUCACACCAGAAUGACAUUAGAAUCGAUUAUCAUGGGCCUGAAAUCUCCCCAGGGAGCUCAUGAAAAAAGGCUGCAAAGUUAUUGAUUUAUCAUAAUCUUUCCAAGCGACAUCUUUGUAAAUAAUCAUCGUCCAGACUCUGUGGAAUCCCAGAGUGUGGGAAAGCCAAUUAAAAGGUGAAUUCAAAUGCCAACCACGAAGACCGUGCUCACCUGAAUCAUCUGCUUCUCACCUAGAUGUUGCUAAUGUUUUAUUCUUCUUGUUGUCACUCCUCGCCCCCUUUUAUGCAGCUGUAUUUUACACUAUAUACUUUAAUGAUUCUGCAAUCUCUUUACCCUUUAAAAAAAGUUUAAAUAUCCCUGCCAGAAAAGAGCUCAAUAGCAAAACAUGGCUUUUUCCUGAGUAAUUCUGUGACACAAUACCUGGAUGUUGCAGUGUUUUCACAGUAAAUAAGGCUGUAAAUCCACACAGAAGGAUACAACUUAGCUUAGCUUAGCAACAUCCUAAAUAAAACCACUUCAACCUCCAGGAUAAUGCAGAACACACAUAAACUGAGAGAUUCCUGCAAACUUUAAUAUAAGGUCAUUAAAAUGCAAAGCAAAGUUUCCAUCUAACUUAUAAUCAACUUGGUGAACUAUUGACCUUGGUCCAGCAGUUAGAGGUAAAGUUUACCACUUCCACCAUUGUCUUCCCAGUACUGCAAAAAACUACUGUUCCAGUUACAUAGCCUUAAAUCAACUGCUUUCAAUCGUAGUCAUGUUGAGUGAUUCCAUGAUUCAACACCAACACUGGUCACAACUCUUCACAUAUAUCUUUUCGACUACAGUUAACCUGUCCAGAUUACUGCUCAUACUGAAGAACCUUCUUCCUCCCUUUGCGUGGGCACUAAUUUGUGCGAUCAGUCAACGAAGGCUCUUCAGCGGCCAGGUGAUAAAUGAGGGUUUGGUAAGUGCAGAGCUGAGAAGAUCUCAGGACGCACAGAUAACUUUGUUGGGUCAUCGGUGGAGAACUGCAGUUUUUUUUCUUCAUUAUUUUACAGAAGGAGAGGACUAGUUUGAUGUAAUGCUCAGUCAUUCACCGUUUAUUUGUAUCUGUUUCUGACUCUACCUAAAGUAAAGCACUGGUGCUGGGAAGUUUCACACAGAUGGAGGUUUUUCUGUUGUCUCUUUUAGACACACACACACACACACACACAGACACACACGUAUGAUCCCUGCCAAUGUAAAACGAUCUAGCUGCUUCUUGUAUUUAAUCCAUGUCACCUCACAUCUCACAAAUAAUUCUAAAUCAAAGUUAUUGUCUAAAAUUACAUUUCCCACUAUCAACAAUGAGACACGGCUUUAGAAUGAAACAUCAAAGAGAUCUCGGUGAUGUCACACGGAACUUUAAAGGUUUUCCUUCCCAAUGACAUCACUGGAUGUCGUACCCUCAACUUGAUAUCGUAGCUUGGUACCACAACAAUAUGGAUUCAGAAUGCUGUGAAGCAGCAUCACCCAACAAACUGAAGGCUUGUUGCAGCUUCAAUGGACAAAAGGGAUGUCCCUUCCCAGAGUUGACUCCAGCAUCUCAGAAAUGAAAAGCAGAUGGGCAUAUCACCAUGUUCCAGCUCAGUCGAACAAGACGUACCAAAGUCACAGAAGAUUGUCCUCGAUCGCCUCACCUCGCCGACCACGGACUACCUUCUGGAGUGCAUCGUGGGUGAGGGAACGUAUGGACAAGUGGUCAAGUGUGUGAAGACGGCCACUAAAGAAAUGGUCGCUGUGAAGAUAUUUAAGAGCACAGAGUUUACAUCGGCCGCACAGAACGAGGUGGACACCCUUCGACGGCUGAUGUCUUUUGAUUCAGACAGGUUCAACUUUGUAGGCUGUGACAAUAUUUUUAUUGACAGACAGCAUCUGUGCAUUGAGUUCGAAAUACUGGACCAGAGUCUCAGUGAUUUCCUGGACAAAAGACCUUCCUACUCGCUCUCUGUGAAAGAAAUACGACCGAUUCUGUAUCAGAUGGCAACUACAUUGCAACUCCUGAGGAGCCUGGAUCUGGUUCAUAUGGAUCUAAAGCCCGACAACAUCAUGAUGGUCGACGCCAAAAAACAGCCAUUCAGGAUCAAGCUGAUUGAUUUCGGCUUCGCUCAACACAUCUCAAAUAUAAGGAGUGGCCUAUCUGUACCACUGUGCAAUUACAGGUCUCCAGAGGUGAUCUUAGGACUUCCUCUGACACCAGCUAUUGACAUGUGGUCUCUGGGCUGUGUUGCUGCAGAGCUUUUUCUGGGACAUGCCCUUGAUCCACAAAGAUAUGAAAACCACCUGGGCCUCUAUGACUACGGACACAGUGAACACCUGGACAUCCUGAAUAAACAGGUCAAACCAGUCUUCCAUUUAUCAGCCGAGGACACCAUUGCAGAAAUUAAAGACCAGGAGAACUUUGUGCAUUUAAUAAAAAUGAUGCUGAAUUUGGACUGGAGUAAACGGAUAACACCAAGCCAGGUGCUGCAGCAUCCCUUCAUCACAAUGAGCAGUCUGGCAGGGUGCUAUCCAAACAGCUUCUAUCUCAAAGUCUGCUUCGAACUGAUGGAAAUCUGUCGGGAUCAGAGUCAGAGUGGUGAUAACAGGGAUGUGAAAGAUCAGACAGUGCAGUCACAGCUGACAGACCUGGAUGUUCCAGCCAUUCCUGAGCUGAACUUGUGCGUCGAUCCGGCUUGGCCUAAACACAGAGAACAUCCUCUGGUGCUAAAUACUUUACUGGACAUGUCCAAGCUGUCCAUUUGUGAGAAUCAGAGCCCCCCACUACGGCGCAGGGGGAAAACAUGGAGGGAAAACACGGGAUAUGAGCGCAAAAGGAAAAGGGAGUGUUGUGAAGCACUGCAUGGUGAAGACAGAUGCCAAGCAAGUUUCCUAAUUGGCGUUAAAAGAAAGAAGAUGGACCUCAAUUUUGUUAGAACAAAAGAAGGUUUGUAUCACAUCUCAGAGAAAUUCACUGCAGAAGAAUCCAAAGCUAAACUGCAAAGGAAACGCACCAGAGAAGAAACUGGCUCUGAAGGAAUGUUAAAAAAAAACAAAGUCAAAGAUGCGGCCACACAAACAGAAGCCGUUGCUAACCCAGAGCAGACUUCAUCCAUGAUUGAUGGAGCUGAUCUUCAGAGAAGAACUUACAGGAGCCGUGAGGGCGUUUCAACACCUAGCAAAAAAAGACGAAAGAACCAUCGGGGUGUUAGCUUCCCUCAAUGUCUACGAAAUGGCGUGUUACAGGUUCCUGACGUUUUAGGUGUUGCAUUCAGGGCAGUCACGGGCAUCAUUCACACAUGGCCUCAAAACGCUCUGGACUGGUUUAAGAAGGUUUUUCAGCAGUCUACUUCAACCAGGGAAGGUUUGAUUUCUCCACCUCAAUUAGAUCAGACGACAAGUUGAUACAAUUUAGGAUCAUGUUAGCAUUCCAUGACAUAUGUUUGAAUUUUUGUAAAUAAUCUCAAUUAAUGACAAUUACCUGAUGCCAUUUUAUACCACCAUAAUAACUAUGGAAUCAUAUUUUUCAUAUUUUCAUUGUACCUACGUGAAGAAUUCUAAAACGCACAAGGCGAUGCAAGGCAUUCCAAAAUUAUCAUUCUUUGGACAAGACACUAAAUCUAAGUGCAGAAUCAAUACAUUUUUUGCUAAAUAAUGUUUUAAAUCAACAUGUGUUAAACAUUAGUAAAUUCAUAGUGGGUGAUUUUGGUGUCUUUUGUUUGAACUGAUCUUCCACCAGUUAUUCUGCAGUCACCCUUCAACUCCAUAUUGGCAGUUUGUAUGGUACUAAAGAUGAAAUCUGUUUACAAAUCAAUUUUCAAUGUUUCUACAUUAACAAUGACUGUCAUUAUCAUUUGUCAUUAAAAGCCCAACAGUCUGUAUAGACAGUCUCAUUUGGUCUAUGUACUGUAUUAUUGUCUGAAAAAACACAAUUGUCGUAUCUAUGUUAUGUACAGCGUAACGUCUUUAAAAUAUCCAUCUUGUAUUUAUUGUUGUAAGAUAUCGUGAUGUAAAAUAAAUUGCGGUGUCAGUUGAGGAUCAGUGCCUGCUGAUUUACAAAUUGUGUUGUAAGUCUGCGAGAAGUUGUAGCAGCGUUUAAGAUGGAGUUUAAUAUUUUUUACUUUGAGUGUUUGUAAGAAGUCAAUAAAAUCCGUUAUUGUCUGGA